AUGAAGAUACUCCCACUAUGGCUGGUCAGCCUCUUCGGCUUGACGUCCAAUGUCGUUGCUUUGGGACAAGAGCCGAUCAUAUCCUUCAACAGUUCAGAUGAUUCCUUCCAGAUCUUUGGAGGAAGCAUCACGACUGGUCAGAUUAGGGUAUCUAAGGAUGAUUACUGGGGCGUCAUUCGAGCCGCGGGAGACCUCGCCGUGGAUUUUGGUCGCGUUACUGGAACCAAUUUCACUCUCAGCAACGGCGACACUGACGCUUCUCCGGCAAAGUACACAUUUGAGCCAGUGGAUCCCAAAAACAACACCCACUAUCGGACGCUUGAUGAGGAAUCAUUCUCAGGCCCAAAGUAUCAGAGUCCUGAUCCCGCCAACACAGUCAUCAUCGUCGGAACCAUUGGCCACUCAGAAGCUAUAGACAAGCUCAUUGAGGACGGGAGAAUUGACGUCAGCAAAAUUGAAGGAAAAUGGGAAUCGUUUGUCAGCCAGCUGAUCGAGGAUCCCAUGAACGGCACAGCACGAGCACUUGUUGUAGUUGGUAGUGACCCAAGAGGCACCAUCUACGGCAUAUACGACAUUAGCGAGCAAAUCGGCGUCAGUCCGUGGUACUGGUGGGCUGAUGUCCCAGUCCGUCGACGAGACAAUAUCUACGCUCUGCCAGGGCCGAAAGUCCAGGGCUCACCUUCAGUCAAGUACCGCGGCAUAUUUUUGAAUGAUGAACAGCCAGGACUAUCCAGCUGGGUUGGCUCACAAUGGGAGGCGACUUGGAAUGAUGCCGCUCCGUACAAUCACCAUUUCUACGCUCUCGUCUCGGAGCUCCUGCUCAGACUUCGGGCAAACUACAUCUGGCCAGCUCUCUGGGGAAGUAUGGUCUACGUCGACGAUCCGCUGAACCAACCCACCUUUGACGCCUACGAGAUUGUCCUCGGCGGUUCUCACACGGAGCCACUGAUGCGAGCUCAAAAUGAGUUCCGAACCUUUUAUAAGGGCGAGUGGCAGUACAAUACCAACAACAAGACCAUUGAUGAAUACUUCCGCUACGGCGUUGAGCGGGCCAAGCCCUAUGCCCGGAAUAGCUUGUUCACCAUGGCUAUGCGAGGCACAGGUGACACUGCCAUCGAAGGGAACCUGGGAAUUGAAGCCAUUGUCAAGAUGCUAGAGACUCUUGUGGAUAACCAACGUACUAUCAUUGAGGAGGGAUUGGGCAUUGACAACGUGUCAGAUGUACCAUCUCUUUGGUGUCUGUACAAAGAGGUCCAAUCCUAUCAAGAACGUGGCCUCGUCGUACCAGAAGACAUCACUCUUCUUUGGGCAGACGACAACUGGGGCAAUAUUCGUCGGCUUCCUCUCAAGAACGAGACUGACCGAGCUGGUGGUGCUGGAGUUUACUAUCACUUCGAUUACGUUGGAGAUCCGAGGAACUACAAGUGGAUCAACACUAUUCAGCUCGAGAAGACAGCCGAGCAGAUGCUUCUUGCCUACCACCGCAAUGCAAGGCGGAUCUGGAUCGUCAACGUUGGUGAUCUCAAACCAAAGGAACUUCCCAUCAGCCACUUUCUCGAUCUUGCCUACGACACUGAACGCUGGGGCAUCGACGGGACGACCAAGUGGAUCCAUGCUUGGGCUGAGAGAGAGUUUGGUGAAAAACAUGCUGACGACGUUACCGACAUCGUGACUCGAUACGGAAUGUAUGCUGCCCGCCGCAAGUUUGAACUUGUCGAGCCACACGUCUAUUCAGUUAUCAAUUAUCUCGAGGCUGAAUCUGUUCUGGAGCAGUGGGCCACACUCAAGAUGGACACGCAAGCCAUCUACAAUGCACUAGGUGAGGAGUACAAGGCUGCCUUCUUUGAGAUGUUGCUUCAUCCUGUUCUUGGAGGCGAGAUUGUCCACAAGAUCCAGAUCAAUGGAGUAAGGAAUCAGCUUUACGCAGGGCAGAAACGCAACUCUGCCAAUGACGUGAUCUGGGAGAGUGUGGAUCUCAUGUAUGAUGACUCAAAUCUCACCCAGAGAUGGGACGAAGUACUUGAUGGGAAAUGGGCACAUAUGCUCGACCAAACUCAUCUUGGAUACGAUGGCUACUGGCAACAGCCAAUGAGAAACACCCUUCCGGAUCUACGAUUCGUCCAAGACGUAUUUCCCUCCCUCGGUGGGCAGUACGGUAUUGGGGUUGAAGGGUCCAAUGCCACCAUCCAGGGUGACAGCCGAUGGCACCCUCUGUCGACCAACAGUUUACCACUUCCGCCCUUGGAGCCUUUUGGUGCUCAAUUCCGUUACCUCGACGUAUUCCACCGGGGAAAUAAAGCCUGCAACUGGUUUGCUUCUACAAAGGAGAAAUAUGUCCAACUAUCGGAGUCCAACGGAACGGUUGGUGGUGACAACGGCACUGAUACUCGUAUCUACAUCACAGUCGACUGGGACAAUGCUCCGAGUGCCCCAAGUACCACUGAGGUAUUCAUCAAUUUCACUAGUAACUGCCGUGGUUUCGAGAAGUAUGCUGGUCAAGAACCACGUGUCGUCGCAACGAUCAUCAACCGUGAAGUUCCUGGUGACUUUAAGGGAUUCAUCGAGUCGGACGGGCACGUUUCCAUCGAGGCGCAAAACUACCAAGACAUUUUCUACAGAGAUGACAGUGACGAGUCUCUCAAGUACCACACUAUUGAAAACUACGGCCGUACCUCUGCCGGUGUUGGUCUCUUCCCUCUCGAUACGGAAAAGCUUGAUAUCGGUCAAGGCCCUGCUCUGACGUACGAUAUGUACCUCUUCAGCAACCAUUCUCAGACCAAUGUCACGAUUUUCAUGUCUCCAGCAGCCAAUUACCUCGGCGACAACAAUCCCCUGGAGUACGCUAUAGCGCUUUGGCCUUCGGGCCGGAAACAGCCCGAGCCUACGGUCGUGCAACCCAUCGGACCCAACAUUGGUGGGAACAUGCCGGAUGGAUGGGGAUAUGCUGUGGCAAAUGCUGUUUGGGGGCUACAUGGGAACUACACAACCACUUCGUUUGAUGUUCCUCGAGAGGGAGCAUACAGUCUUCGGAUCUGGACGCUGCUUCCCAACAUUGUUAUUCAGAAGAUUGUGGUUGAUCUUGGGGGUGUAAGAGAAUCGUACUUGGGCCCGCCGGAGAGCUUUUUGACCACACGGGACGAGACAGGCAAGUAUAACGGAACUUCAUUCUCAAGCACCUCAAGAGCAGAAUAG